AUGAACAUAGGCGCUCCUUCACCAACAGACAUCAUAUCUGACCGCAAACCUCUCGGAAGCGGCAAGCUCCCACCUCCGCCAACACGAACUAUCGCACCAGGCGAUAAACUCCCUCCUGCUCGACGUGCGCACAGCCCAUCAUCCGAUGAGGAUUCCGGUCCUGAAGAAUGCGACCACCUGCACAUGCUUCCAGACGCAAGCCGUGCCUCCCGUCGUCCACCCACAGUACGAACCCCCAAGAUCCACGUCCCAGCAUAUGCAGCACAUGUCCUAGUCGCAGGUCCACGCGUGCUCGUAGCUACUCACCACCACCUGCGCUGCUUCGACUUUGCCCAAUUCGCCGACGUCCCUAUGUGGGUUCGAGACACGAAAGACAUGGGCGUACGCGAUGCAAAAGUCACCGCACUCGAAUUUCGAGCUGGGAGUAGAGCUGGGGUAGUAUGGGCCGGGACUAAAGAUGGUCGAUUGCUAGAGGUGGAUAUGGAUUCUGGAGAAGUGACCCCUUUGAAGCUCGGUUCGCAUGCGGGCAUGGUGACGCAUAUCUUCCGACACGGGAAUGCGAUGGUUACUGUGGAUGAUAGCGGCAAAGUGCUGGUGUUCAAGCCUACCGCUGGUUCGGAUGGCCCGGGCCUCAAACACGUAUACCGCAUCGCUGAUAAACAAGAAUUCGUCAAGUUAAUCGGUGGGCUCCUCUGGACGAGCGUGCGCAGCGACACCAGCGGCUCUGGACCUCCCAUAAUCCGGAUCUACGACGUGUUCAACGAAGGCAGCACCGCACGCACCGCAAGCGUACCCCCAAGCACCACCCACCACGUCGGAGCAGUAACAAGCGGCACACUCCUCCAAUCACGCAGAGGAUACGCCUACCUCGGCCACGAAGGCGGGUUCAUCAGCAUCUGGAACCUAUCCUCCGGCCCCGAAUGCACAGACGUAGUCAAAGUGAGCUCAUCAGACGUUCUAAGCCUCGAGGGCGUCGGAUCGCGUUUAUGGGCAGGCGGACGAACGGGGGUGAUAUGCGCGUAUGAUGUAAUGAGUCGUCCGUGGGUGGUGACGAAUGCGUGGCAUGCGCAUGCGGGAUUACCUGUGAUGAGGAUAUUUGUGGAUCCGUGGUCGAUUGAGAGGGAGGAGAAGUUGAAUGUGGUGAGUGUUGGGAGGGAUGAGCAGAUGAGGGUUUGGGAUGGGUUGUUGGGGGUUGACUGGAUUGGGAAUGAGCUGUUGAAGCGCGAACGUGCGUUUAGCUCCUUCCGCACGAUCAACGUUCUUGUCGUUUCAUGGAAUGUGGACGCUACUAAGCCAGACGCACUCACUGACGACCUUGCAAACCUCACCUUCCUUAACGACGCUCUCAAAUCCGUCUCACCCGCACCAGACAUCAUCUCAUUUGGAUUCCAAGAGCUCAUCGACCUCGAGAGCCGCAAGAUGGCUGCAAAGACUGUACUCCUAGGUGGAAAGAAAAAGGGUGAGGAGGGCAAGAUAUCAGAGAAGGUGACUUCCAGUUACAAGCGGUGGCAUGAUCGCCUCGUUCGGGAGGUGGCGGCGCUUUCGGAGAAGUAUACAGUGAUACAUACGGAGAGUCUCGUUGGGCUGUUCACAUGCAUGUUUGUGAAGAACUCGGAGAAGGACUCGUUGAAGGAUGUAGCUAUAUCGACGAUCAAGCGGGGUAUGGGGGGCAGGUAUGGCAAUAAGGGAGGAAUUGUUGCGCGGUUCGUGAUCGGUGAUUCAUCGAUCUGUUUCAUCAAUUGCCAUCUUGCGGCUGGGCAGCAUCAUGUCCGACAGCGGAAUGCAGAUGUGACUGCGAUGUUGGAGGAAAAAUCCGUUUUUCCACCUUCGCAUGCUGUCGAAGAGUCUCAUGCGUAUGUUGGUGGGGGAGAUGGUUCUAUGGUUCUAGACCAUGAGAUCGUCUUUCUCAACGGCGACCUAAACUACCGCAUCGACCAACGCCGUGACGCCGUCAUAUCCGCCAUCCAAAGUGGUGAUCUUGAAUCCCUACACACGCACGACCAACUCCUCAAAGAAAUGAAACACAACCGCGGUUUCCGCCUCCGCUUCUUCCACGAAGGACCUCUCACCUUCAUCCCCACGUACAAAUACGACCGCCGUUCCUCACAAUUCGACACCUCGGAGAAAAAGAGGGUGCCUGCGUGGUGCGAUCGCGUGCUGUGGCGCAGCAGAGACCCGGAGCGAGUGAAGCAGCUUCAUUAUAAGAGGUAUGAAGCGAAUGUGAGCGAUCAUCGACCUGUGAGCGCUGCGUUUGAGAUGACUGUCAAGAGUGUGAGGGGGGAUGCGGUUGCGAGGGAGAGGGGAGUUGUUAGGGAGUUGUGGUUUGGGACACAGGUGGAGUUGUUGGCUAGGGCGAGGGAGUUUUAUGUUGAGCAGGCUUUGAUAUAG